GCCGCAGUUCAAGAAUAAGGGGUAGGCCAUUUAGAACGGAGAUGAGGAAAAACUUUUUUGCCAAGAGAGUUGUGAAUCUGUGGAAUUCUCUGCCUCAGAAGGUAGUGGAGGCCAAUUCUCUGGAUGCUUUCAAGAGAGUUGGAUAGAGCUCUUAAAGAUAGCGGAGUCAAGGGAUAUGGGGAGAAGGCAGGAACGGGUUACUGAUUGGGGAUGAUCAGCCGUGAUCACAGUGAAUGGCGGCGCUGGCAAUGCACCUAUUAUCUAUUAUUUGGGUGGUCACAAACCUCAUUAUGAAGUUUCCAUAACUGAGAUGCACCUUCUCUGACAACACGCUAAGUUUCGGCAGCAGGUACGUUAAGAUUAGAUUUCACUUUUAUGUAGUUUAUAUCUUUAUUGAUCCACAAGCACCAAGUUUGGUGACGUAUUUUGUUUAACAUAAUGUUACUCACUGUACGCAGGGUUCUCAGCAGGCAACCAGGCAGAUAGGACUCUGAACUGUGUACGCAAGUCAGCGGAGUGCAGCCUGAGAUGUUUACAGAGGUCAUGUAAGAAAGAUUUCCCAGACCUGGCAACGUCGCUUUGACAGGAUGACAUCAGAGGAUUGAGAUGUGAGGAAAGACUGCAGGAACUAGGGCUUUUCAGGCUCAAAAUGAGAUCAAUGAACUGAGUCAUGUUCAGAUUCCUGUUAUGUUGAUGCCAGAUGACUUCAAAGCCUUCAGCAAGAUAAAAGUGGACAAUCACCUUUUUAACAAGGAGAAUCUCCCAAGUCGUUUCAAAUUUAAGGAGUAUUGUCCGAUGGUUUUUAGGAAUCUGCGGGAGAGAUUUUGCAUUGACGAUCAGGAUUACCAGCGGUCUUUGUCAAAGUUUCCAACACAGGAGCUGGAUAAAGUAACAGUGAACAUGGGUUUAGCCCGCCAGAACUCGGUAACACGGAGUGCCCCCAUCAACAGCGAUGCACAAAACCGAAUGGGAGCUCGGUUCUUAACUACGUACGACAAGAGAUUCGUCAUUAAAACCAUAACUAGUGAGGAUGUCGCGGAAAUGCACAAUAUUUUAAAGAAAUACCAUCAGUAUAUUGUGGAAUGCCAUGGCAACACACUACUUCCCCAGUUCCUGGGCAUGUAUCGGUUAACAGUGGACGGCGUGGAGACAUAUAUGACCGUAACACGAAAUGUAUUUAGUCACAGACUUACUGUCCACAGGAAAUAUGAUCUGAAGGGUUCAACAGUCUCAAGGGAAGCCAGUGGAAAAGAAAAGGCCAAGGAGCUGCCAACGCUGAAGGACAACGACUUUCUCAAUGAAGGGCAGAGAAUUCAAAUAGGAGAUGAAAAUAAAAAGAUGUUUCUGGACAAACUCAAGCGUGAUGUUGAGUUUUUAGCGCAGCUGAAGAUCAUGGACUACAGUCUGUUGGUUGGCAUCCACGACGUUGACCGAGCCGAACAGGAAGAGGUGGAGGUGGAGGAGAAAGGUGAAGAGGAGGACUGUGAAAACGACGGAAUGAGCCAUCCUGUUGGUUCGUACGGAACUCCACCAGACAGUCCCGGAAACAUGUUGAACUUCCCGCGAAUCUUUGGCCUGGGGGAGUUUGACCCGACAGUGGACGUGUACGCUAUAAAGAGCCAGGACAUCACGCUGGCUAAUUUUCCAGAUACUCCAAGGAAGGAGGUCUUCUUCAUGGCGAUAAUCGACAUUUUAACUCACUACGACGCAAAGAAGAAAGCUGCCCAUGCUGCCAAAACAGUGAAACACGGGGCUGGUGCUGAGAUCUCGACAGUCAACCCCGAACAAUACUCGAAGCGUUUCUUAGAAUUUAUGUCCAACAUCAUCGCAUAGUGCCACGCAGCGCACCCUACACACGCACAACGAGAGACUACUGCUCAGUAGCCAAUGCAGCAAUGUGGGAACGAACACUUUGACACGGUAGUGCUGCGUGCAGUAUUGAAAGUGCAGAGACUAAUCUCAAAAUCACAUCCUUUAGAAACAAAAGAAAAAAAAACACACAUGCACAGACCCACCCACCCACACACA